AUGACAAAUAUCACAUAUAGAAUUAAAGGUAGUUUUAUUUAUAAUGAUGAAUUGAAAGUUAUUUGUAUGAAAAUUGUUAUUUUAUCAAAAAACUUGUAUAAAUAUCGAAAAAUAUAUAUAAAAUAUGCUAAAAAUGUGGAAUUAGAACAAUCAAAAAAAGAUAUAAUAAAUAUAAAUAUAGACAAAUCUCGAAAAACUUUUAACAAUAAAAAUAACAAAGAUAUUUCAAACUUAAGUUUUUAUAAUUUGAUUAGGCAAUAUGAUGAAUUGAUUAACAAUUUAGUAAAUUUAUAUAAUAAUCAUAUUGAUAUAUAUAUUGAAUUUUUAUAUAUACUUAUAAUAAAUAGUAACCUUUUUAAUUAUUUUCUUUAUAUUUGCACAUUUUAUAGUGGAAAUGAAUAUGAUUCAUUCCUUUCCCUUAUUCACAAACAUUUUAUAAUAUUAAUUAAAUAUUAUUACUAUUCUAACUAUUAUAUUUAUUAUAAUUAUUUAUACACAAAAUUUAAGGAUAUAUAUGAUGUUCCUCUCCCUGGUCCAUCGUCUGAUAGCCCUAAAAAAGGAACGCACAACGCAACUGGAUCGGCCUCAGACGGGGAUUUCUUUUACGAAAACUCAAAUGAAAGUGAUGAAAAAUUAAAUUAUGAAAAAAAAUGCAAUGAUACUAUCGAUUUAUAUAUGAGUUUGAGUUCAGAAAAUAGUUUUUCAAAUAUAAAAAACAAUGAUCCUAAAAAAAUUGAUAUUAAGAUAUGCCCCAAUCCCAUAAAAAAUAAAGACAUAGAUAAACAUUAUUUAUUUAAAAUAAAUAAAAAAUAUUUCAACAAAAAAAAAUAUUUUAAAUUAAAAAAAAUGAUGUUAAUGUUUGAAAAAUUAACUAGCGAACAUUUAUAUAUAUUGUUGUAUUUUUCUUUAUCUAUUUUACCUACUAUUUUUCACACAUAUCUAACCCUAAAAUUUUCAAAAAACAAUAAACAUGUUCAAAUUAAUUCAUAUUUGAUAUAUAUAUUAAGACAGAUAAAAUGUGAAAUAACAAAUACAUUAAAAUUAAAAACAAAAAAAAAAUAUUUUAACAAAUUUACAAACUCAAACGAUAAUUUAUUAUAUACUUUUAAAAGUGAAAAUGACCACAAAAAAAUUAUUUCCGAUUUUGUUAAAUAUCCCAUUAAUAAUACAAACAAAUUUAAAUCAAAUAUUCAAAAUAAUCAUGAAAAAUAUUCAGAUUGUUUUUUGAAGGAAAAGAAGAAAUCGAAUAAAAUUCUGUGGAGUUGUAUAAAUAACAUUAAUGUCAAUACUCAAAUUGAACAAAUUAAUAAAUUCACAAAAAAUGAAAAAUGUGAAAAUUAUAUUUCUAGAAUAAAAAAUAAAAUGAAAAUGUUACAUACCUUCGAACAUCAGGCAGAUCUGAUGAUUCUACAAAAUGGAAAUAAAGAACAAAGUAAACAAAAUGGAAAUAAAGAACAAAGUAAACAAAAUGGAAAUAAAGAACAAAGUAAACAAAAUGGAAAUAAAGAACAAAGUAAACAAAAUGGAAAUAAAGAACAAAGUAAACAAAAUGGAAAUAAAGAACAAAGUAAAAUAGUAAAUGGGACAGAUAUUGAAAAUGGAGAAAAAGAUAAAUCUAUGAUAAUGUUAGAACAGUUAUUAAAAGAUAAUAUGAAAAUAAAUUAUAUAUAUAAGCAUAUAAAAAAAAAAAAAUAUAUAUAUAAUUAUAAAGGAUUUGAAAAUAUUAUUAAAAGCGUAAGUAUAAUAAUACAAUAUAAUAUAUAUUCUUUUUUUAUUAACCAAAUUGGAAUAUCAAAUUGUGUUGGAAAAAACAAUUCGAUAAUAAGUAAUUAUAACAUUUAUUGUGAAAAUAAAAAUAAUAAUUAUAAUAAUUGUCAUAUUUCACAAAUGGGUUAUGAAAUUUAUGAAAAUAACAACUAUAUUAUUGUGCCUGAGGUAAAAAAAGACAAUGCUUUAAUACAUAAUGAAUAUAUAAAAAAAAAAAUUAAAAAAAAUAAAAUAUAUACAUACAAAAUGCUAAACAAUAAAAUCGAAGCAUUGAUAAAUACUAAAGAAUUUAUGGAAAAUAUAAAAAAAGAAAAACAAAAUAAAAAAAAAGGAAAUAAAUAUGAAAAAGAUAAAAAAAAUAAAUUAGACUUUUUUUAUAUAGGAGCAGAAAAUAAUAACGAUUGUAAAAUAAUAAAUAAUCAAAAUAAUAUAUAUGAUGAUAUAUCUAAAUAUUUUAAAAAAAAAACAAAUACAGAUAUUUUGGAAUCAGAUAUAGAUUCAUAUAAAAAUAGUAGUUCUAGUGAAAAUUUAAUUUUUUAUGACAAUUCAAAAGAAUAUUUUUAUAAAAAUAAAUUAAACAUAGAUUAUUUUACUUAUUUUAUUACAACCUCAUUUUAUAUAUUUAUACAUUUUCAUAAUGUUUAUUUUUCUUCGACUUUUUUUAACAUAUUUAUUACAUUUUCUAUUAAAUUAGCUUAUAAAUAUACACACAAAUCACAUAACACAAAUUAUAUUUCUCCUUUUCUUCCCCUCUGGAUUGAAUUUGGAAAACAACCCAAGAAAACCAAACUUAACAAUAAAAGAUUUUAUAGAAAUAUAAAGAAAGAUGAAGUGAUAUUGGAAAAUGUUCCCCUCGUUAAAAUUCCAAUGAAUAGAUUUUUACAAAAAUAUCAAAAUAUAAAAAAAAAAUGGCAUAAAUUUGGAUAUUGGAAAAAUGAUGAUUAUUUUACAAAUAAAAAAUCGUUAUCAAACACAUUCGAAAUAAUUGUAAAUACAUUUUUAGAUUUAUGUAUAUCCCUAUGUAGUAUAGACUUUAAAUGUAUAAAUAUCAAACAUAAUUUUUUAAAUAAAAAAUAUAUUUUAAAUAAUAUAUAUUACUACAAUAAAAUUAUUAGCAAAGGUUAUGAUGAAAUAGAGUUGUAUAAUCAUGAUUUGCAAAAUUAUAACAAUUUAUUAAAUGGAUAUCUUUUAUAUUUUUCUGAAUUAAAAAAAAGUGAAUUAUUUAAAAAUACAUUUAUUAAUAAUAAACAAAUUCGAAAGAAAACAAAUGAAAAUGUCAGUAAAGAAAAAUUAAACAAUUGUAAAUUAAAAGAAAGUGACAAACUAUAUCAAAUACCUUAUUUAGAAAGAUAUCAUAUUAAUAUGGAUAAAGAAAAUAAAACAAUUAAAAAAUUUAUAGAAAAAGAAUUUGUUUAUGAUCAAACAUAUAACGAUAAUGAACAAGAUAUAUAUUCUAGCAAUUGUGAUGUUUCAUUAAGUAAUUAUAGUGACAAAAGCUUACUUUUUUUAAAAAAGUGUAAAAAUAAAAUAAAUAAAAGAAUAUAUAUCGAUGAAAAUAAUAUUAUAAAUUUAUUAAUGAAUAUUGGAUGUUUAUUUAUGAAUAAUAUUAAAUAUAAUUCUCGAUUUGUUUUUAAAAUUUUAGACAAAAUGAAAAAAAAUAUGGAAAUUUCAAAAAAUAAAGAUAAAUUCUUUAACUAUAUGCAAACCGUUUUUUUUUCUGUUUAUAAUAAUAACAAUGUUGAAAAAAAAAAAAAAAAAAAAAAUUCACCAUUUUUAAACAUAUAUAAUCAAUACCUUUUAUCGUUUUUUUUUUUUUUUAAAAUACAUUAUAUAUUUUUUUUAAUUAAGCUUAAAUCCGAAAAAGAACUUUAUAUACGUGCAUAUUGGCUUCUAUAUGCUGUAUAUAAUAUUACUCAAGAAUUUUAA